AUGACAGUUGCGCAAUUCUCUCGUCUAGAAAAGGAUUAUCCAUGGAUCACAGGUCCGAUCAUUGCGUCAGCGCCCAUGCUCAACAUCGCGACUGCAAAGCUCGCAGUCGCGGUGUCCUCCGCCCGGGGAAUUGGCUUCAUUGCCGGUGGAUAUGAUCUCUCGAACCUGGAAGAACAGCUCAUUCAAGCACAAGCUCUCGUCAACAAGGUCUCUUUUCAACAGUCCCAGCUUCAACAGAACCCAGGUGAGCCUCCUGUCCUCCCCGUCGGGGUGGGCUUCUUAAACUGGGGAGCAUCUCUGGAUGCUACAUUGCCCUUGAUCCAGAAGUACCGCCCUUGCGCAGUUUGGCUCUUCGCACCGAAGACCGGUGUGGACGACCUCGUACCUUGGGUCCGAGCCAUUCGAUCCGAAGUCUCUUACGACGUCAAGAUCUGGGUGCAACUUUGUUGCUUAGAGGAUGCAAUAGAAUAUACCGAGAAAUUGCUGCCGGAUGUUCUUGUAGUCCAAGGAUGCGAUGCCGGUGGCCAUGGAUUUGCUCGGUCUGCUAGUAUUGUCACUCUUCUUCCCGAGGUGCUGGAUCAGUUGAGGUCAACAAACCCGAGUCAAGCCCAGAACAUCGGGAGACCGUUUGUUGUUGCCGCGGGUGGUAUCACUGACGGUAGGGGGUUGGCCGCCGCGAUGGUUCUGGGUGCAGACGGAUGUGCCAUGGGAACUCGAUUUCUGGCCUCCCCCGAGGCACAGAUCGCGCAAGGCUAUCAAAGUGAGAUUCUCCGCGCCUCGGACGGUGGUGUGAAUACGGUACGGUCAACUGUGUAUGAUAGAGUCCGAGGGAUCUAUGGCUGGCCAACGAAGUAUGAUGGGCGCGGUCUGAUCAAUCGAUCGUACGAGGACAUUGUGAACCAGAAGGUCACGGAGGAGGAGAAUAAACGUUUGUAUGAGAAGGAGAAGCUCAAGGGUGAUGAUGGUUGGGGACCGCAAGGCCGUAUGACCACCUAUGCAGGAACCGGGGUAGGGCUUAUACGAGCUGUGAUGCCAGCAGCACGGAUCGUUACGAAGAUGAGACGGGAUGCGAUGGAAAGUCUCCAGAGGCCAAUCCUUCCUGCCAAAUUAUGA